UACAUGUACUUCGUUACUUCCCACCACUGCCCGCAGCAUCUUCUGAAUGUGUUUGGCUCUUUAAAUCAUUUACUAAUAAACUGCCCGCAGCAUCAGAGCUGGAUUGGGUCUUGACUGCGGCUCUGUUGUAAUAUGAUUAGUCAAAACAAUCCUAUCUUGGUUUCUUAUCUCCAGCUGUCAAACCAAGUAAGGGUGAAGGAAUGUUCCUUUUCUCUCUCUCUCUCUCUCUCUUUGCUCCCUCCUCCUUGUCUCCCGUAGCUACUUCGUCUGUCUCACGUUAUUCUUUUUUCAGCCUUCUUCUUCGUUCAUGGCGGGUCAAGUGUAGGUCUGUUAACACCUGCACAUUAUACUCUCGAUGUGUAUGAGGGUGUAAGGAAGAGAGGAGGAGAGGAGAGACUCCCACCCCUUGUUCCCUGUCCAACUCUGCUUCCAGCUGUUGCUGCAUUCCUCUACACGUCGCAGUCGGCUCAGGCCGCCGGCCUCUUUUUGUUUUUUUCCCCCAAAAACUUUUGCGUCAGUUUGUCACUGGCACCGGCGCGCGCGGAUGCGACAGUGGAUUAUAGCGUUGGAUAUAUAGAGUCGUACAACUUGUUCGUGUCAGUAAUGUGUGUGGCUACUGCCAAGAGUAUUACGACGACUAAAGGAGCAAGAAGAUUAACAUUUGGAAGAGCACGAGAUCUUGGACUGAUCGGUCCGCUUCUGCGCGAUGACUGAAGUGGCCAAUUGCGUGUCUGUAAUGGAAGCCGAGAUGAUGUUUAAGCCAGAGUCGGAUCAGAUGUGUUCGCCAGAACCCAAGUCUCCACCCUUGGACCUGAUAGACACGGGGAAAGGCCUGAAGGUUCAGACUGCGACGCCUCAUCUGGUUAGCCUGGGCAGUGGGAGACUAAGUGUGGCUAUCACCCUGCUGCCACUAAAAGAAGGGGUGACACGUAUAGGCCGAGAAGACGCUCCCGUCCGUCAGGACAUUACGAUUGAAGGGCCUGGCAUUGAGGCAGAGCACUGUCAUAUCAUCAAUGAAGGAGGUGUGGUGACCCUUGACCCCUGUGGUCAUCUAUGCAGUCUGGAUGGAGUCCAGGUCACCGUCCCCACACCACUUACUCAGGGAUAUUCCCUGUGUCUGGGUAAGUCCUACUACUUCCGAUUCAACCAUCCUGCAGAGGCCAGCAGAAUGAAGAGCAUGCUUCCACAAAAGAGCCCAGUGUCAGCUUUAGCCUACAACACAGAUUAUCUAAAGUUCAGCAGUGACUACAGUCAUGCAGUCGGAGGCAGUGGUAGUGCUAGAGGGAUGCGAUCAGCCUCUGAGCUCCGGGAUUUGAUGGACACCCUGCAACGCAAAAAAAUAGCCCUGGAAAACAGCCUAAGAGCCAAUGGGAAUGCGAACCCCUCCUAUUUUAGUGUCACACAGUCUCCUCCCACCACACCCACUUCCAGUCCUGCCACGUCUUCAUCAGCCUAUCAGGAACAGGCGAGGCGUUUCUACAGCUCUGAUCGUCCACCCGUCUCUUUGAAAUCUGGUUCCCAUCUUCCCCCUGGACGACGGUCUGACCCUUUGACCUCCUCUCGUGGUUCUGCCAGCCGCAGUCAGGACAACCGUGGCGUCCCCGACAGUCGACGACUGAACAAUCCAGGCUCCUCCCCUUUAUUGUCCACAUGGAACGGUGGAGGCUCUUCCACUUCUGUUGCCAGUAGCGACAACGUUCUCCUCUCUCUUCCUCCCUCCUCUACGACCCGCGCUGCGUCAGCGGGAGGUGCUGUCAGCAUGCCCUCAAGCCCUCGAUUGGGUCGGCGUACCUAUGGGAGCCAAGAUCCAUCGCCCACCAUUCGAACCAGGAAAUAUUCAGCCGGGUCACUCAGCGGCCUUAUGACUGGAGGACAUAGCCGAUCACUGCCACGUCUUUGUCCUUCCCCUUCUCCUCGAGGUGAAAGCAGUGGAACGCUGCCCUUAUCAACGCUCCCACAGAGACAAGCCGAUAUGAAUGGGAGUUACAAAUUAGGCAAGGAGUCUUUCAGCCACAGUCCAAAUGCCAACCCUGAAUACAGCCACAGCUCCAGUAACUCAUACCAGCAAGUAUCUAGCAAGAGUCACAUCCAGACCAAUACUCAUGGUGAAGGUGUUGUGUCUAUUUCUCUUUCCUCCCCUAAAAGCUCUUCCUCCUCUACUUAUUCCACAACUGCCCCGCCAGAUGUGACAAUCCCAUCUAAAGCAGGGGGCUCUUCUUCUCCAAGAGUUGCCAAAAAACUCAGCCUAACCUCCACCAGCUCAAUGGGCUCAAUCAGCUCCACAAAAUCCAGCCCUCCUGAGGCAGAAUUUAACUCCACCCAAGGAGUGUCUGCAGUUAUUGAGAGGUCCUUGGGGGAGAAGGAUAGACGAGUUGGAGGCCUGGAGAUGGGACUCGGGGAAACACGGGCUUCAUUUGGGAAGGCGGGGAUGGAUCAUGGGACGGGCCUUGGGGAGAGGAGACAGUCAUUUGGAAAGGCAGGAGUGGCUCCACCUGGUGGUUUUAGGGAAAGAAGGGGAAGUAUUAGCUCUCUUAGUGGGAAGGAAGAAUUGACGGAUUAUCACCAUAGACAGAAAGAGGAGCGACUUCGUGAGCAGGAGGUGGAGAGACUGGAGCGACAGCGGCUAGAAACCAUCCUGUCUCUUUGCUCGGAACUUGGGCGUGCCGAAAGGGACGGAGGGGGACCGGCGCCGAGCUCCACGUCGGCGGUUGCGGAUCUCCAGAAGAUCAACCAGGAGCUGGAGAAGCUCCAGGUGAACGACGACGAUGAUGACACGCCGUCUGUGUUUUCGGACUCUUCAGCUGUUAACGGGAUUCCGGGGAGCGGUCACAUGACCUCCCCGGGAUCAGAGAACGGUUACUUUGACGACGACCUGCAGGCGCGGCGGAGGCGCAGCAGCGGACACAGAGACUACAGGGCCGAAUCGCCGGCAGUCAGCCUACGAAGCUUUGCUCCGUCACCCUCUUCAAGAUCUCUGAGGACAAAUGAGUCUGCAGAGGACUCAGCUUCCUGCCUAGGGCAAGACUCGAUGCCUUCAGAGGAGGAAGUGAGGCGUGCAGAGGAGGAGAGAAUUCAGGUGUUGAACAACAUCGAGGAGCUGGAGCAAAAAAUCAAGGAGCUGGACAACCAAAUGGAGGAAUCUGCCCAAGAGGUGGAAGUUGAGCGAGCGCUGGUCGAAGCGGAGCAAGAGUCAGAAGUAGGCGCUCUGCACCGGGAGAAAGAAGCUUUGGAUGAACUUCACAGCAAGAUGGAAGACUUGGAGACAAAGUCCCAACAGGAAAAAGAAAAGGCGUGCGAGUUGCUGCAGGCAGAAAGGGACAGAGUAGAGAGGUUGGCUCAGAUUGUGUGUGAGCAGCGCUCCCAGCUGGACAGCUGCCCUGAAGCCACCAAGGAGCCCCUACAGGAGCAGCUAGCCAGGGACUGUGAGGUACUUGAGGCAGAGACAAAGCGCUUUGAAGACCUGGAGUUCCAGCAGCUGGAAAAGGAGAGCAGGCAGGAUGAGGAGAAGGAGACCCGUACACAAGAACUUCUCCGAGAGGCUGCCGACUACCAGCGCAGCACCGUCACUCGCAAGGAGCGACUCUUGGCUCUGAAGAAGCAAGCAGAGCAGAUAACCGAGCAGGCUCAGAGAGAAAAGGAGAGCUUCCUGAAGGAGAGGCGCAACCUUGAAGUGAUGCUGCAAAGAGAAAAGGAAAACCUUGCAACACUGGAAAGAAAAUACGCUGACCUCACUGGUGGCCGGAGUUUCUCUCUAAGAGAGGCUACAGCUUCUUUAGCCGAUGUGUGUCAGUCCUUUCUGUCCAAUGUAUUUCUCAAGAAAGCUAAGGGCUAUGUCACUGUCAGUGAAAUCAAUGAGCUUUACUCACAGCUUGGGCAGGACCCUAACCCUGCCUCUGCCCCUUCUCUGGUCAAAACGACCCCCGAGUCUGAGGUAAACCUUUCCCCCGAGGAAGACUCCACAAAGCCGUCGGAGGACGAGCUCUGUCACUCUUCUUUAUCAGCCGACUGUCACUGCUCUUCCUCCUCCUCCUCCUCCUCCUCCUCCUCUUCUUCUUCUUCUUCUGCCCACGUAAAUGCUCGUCCCCUCCCAAAAACUCCCUCUGUGCACUGGCCAGAGAACAUGGUAACUUAUCGAGACCCCUCCCCUCUUCCCGACUCUCCCCCACCUCCUCUUCCUGUCAAAAACCAUCAUCAGCGACACAGGCAGCAUUUCCGUUUGCUGGAAGAGAGAAAGCGCUCUGAGAGGGAAAGUGGUUCACAUCUGAGUGAUACUUUACCCAGGAAGAAGAACAUUCCCACUCUGAAUACCCAGUUCACAAGCUCGACACUUGGACGCAGCUAUCAAACAAAGUCCCAUCAGCCUCUGGUGCAAAGCUCAAGUUGUGGCAGUAUUCUUCCCAGAAUACUCUCUCUGUCCAGCAAGGAGACUGAAUCCCGUCGUCUACAGAAAGGUCAGUCUGGCUCCCGAGCGGCUUCCCAGACUAAUGUCUACCUCGAUGCCUUCGGGUACCGUGAAAACCAGCCCUUUGACACAUUGAGUGUGGACAGCAGUGACUCCAUCGAAACCAGCAUCUCGGCUUGUUCGCCUGACAAUGUCUCCAGCGCCAGUACUUCAAACAUGGCCCGGCUAGAGGAGAUGGAGCGCCUGCUGAGGGAGGCACAGGCCGAAAAGAACCGCCUCUUGGAACACAAGGAACGAGAAAUGGAGAUGCGCAAGCAGGCCUUGGAAGAGGAGAGGAGGAGGAGAGAGGACCUGGAAAAAAGACUGCAGGAGGAGACGAGCAGACGUCAGAAACUCAUCGAUCGUGAAGUGAAGAUGAGAGAGAAACAAAGGGCACAGUCCCGCCCGCUGACUCGCUACCUGCCAGUGAGGAAGGACGACUUUGACCUGCGGGCUCACAUUGAGUCAGCGGGUCACAACACAGACACCUGCUUCCACUUAUCCAUCUCGGAAAAGACCUGCCGAGGCUACCUGAUCAAGAUGGGAGGCAAGAUCAAAACAUGGAAGAAACGCUGGUUCGUCUUUGACCGCAAUCGUCGCACUUUGUCCUACUACGCAGACAAACAUGAGGCUAAGCUGAAAGGUGUGAUUUACUUCCAAGCUAUUGAAGAAGUGUAUUAUGACCAUUUGAAAAGUGCGCACAAGAGCCCGAACCCCUCCCUCACCUUCAGCGUUAAGACUCAUGACAGGGUGUACUACAUGGUGGCGCCCUCUCCCGAGGCCAUGAGGAUCUGGAUGGAUGUGAUUGUCACCGGGGCAGAAGGAUACACACAGUUCAUGGUGUAGUGGCAGGCAGGGUCCUCCUGACCGUCAAUGGGAAUGUCUUGGGGUUUUUGCCAUUUGUGUGACCGACAGAGCAUCAUAAAAUGCUCUUCAUUCUGGCAGCUUAAUUAAAAAAAAAAAAUUGUAUGCCCACUUAUAUGUAGUGGGUCUGUGUUUCUCGUCAUCACUUCUGCCUGAGAUAUAUGAAUACAACAUUAGAGACAGACGUUACCUGAGCAGGAUCUUAUAAAUAUUAUUAACUUUUAUUGUGGACCACUCAUGUUGAUCUGUGGACACAUACAGGCUUAUAAUUGCUAAAAUUUUAUGCAAGCUAUACUUCAUUUAAAAAGAAAAAUACACAAGUCAUUCUGAAAGGUACUGUGAUGCACCGCUCUUUAAAGUGAAUUUCAGCUCACCUCUUAAGCAGGCCCAAAUAUUACGUGUCUACAGAAAACGUUCUCCACCAAGGCCUACAGAGGAGAGCACAAUAUUUUCUAAAAAGAAUAAUAAUAAUAAAUGUAUAAUCCAUCAAAAAGACUGAACCCUAAUUCCAGUUGGAGUUGUAUUUUACAUCCUUCCUAUCAAAACGUCCAUCAUUGAUGAGCUUCAUUUUCUGUUGCUCACUCAAGACUUCAAAAGUGUUUUUCAAAAAUAAUUUUGAAAACAAAAUGCAAGAAACACUAGUAAAGAACUGCCUUUUUAACUUGUUUUAUUGCUAUGGCAUUCUCAGGUCUGAACUGUGCAGUGCCCAUGUCUACAUAUGAUUAUGAGUGCAACAUAAACAUUAGGUAGAUAGGUUUCUGUUUUGGGUUGCACAGUAUUAAUGAAGGGCUCCCAAUGUAGCUCCAAAGGUGCUAUUGCUGUGUCGUAUUCCUUGGAACAUCUUCAUAUAUUACAAAACAACAACAAAAAAACUUAGCAUUCACCCAAACAAAGCUAAUUUCUUUGUUUUUUUUGUUGGGUGAUUGUUAUUAUUGUCCUUGGCUUCACAAGAGGAUCGUCAUAGAUCACCAAGUUUUAUUUGUUAAAUAAAACUUGGUGAUAUGAGUCACGAAGUCACAAAACAUCAUUAUAUUUGUACAUUUUUGCUGGAAAGCUUUAGUUAAUUUUAAAGAUAAUUGACAAGUGACCCUAAUUUUCAACGCAUGACAUUUAGUUUUUGUGUAUGUUACGCGGCAGUAUCUUUACAUGUAUACACGUUCUGGAUUUGUAUUUAUGAAGUAAUCUUUCAAAUCCGUGCCAUGGAUUGAGUGUUUACUAAGAUGUGAAGCAGAGAAAUCUAUGGUACAUUGUGCUACUUAUAAAAUCCGGCUCAUUAUUGUGCUGCUUUCAUCCACUAGCUUUCAUUGCAUGGCAUUUAUUACCAAUAAUAAAAUGUUCUGUUUUAAAUGAUCAUGGUGAUUAUUAAAGCCAGUUUAUAACAUAUAUCUAUGUUACGUAGCUUCCUACAGGUCACCUAGCUUUGCUUUUUCUCGAUAUUUUGUUGACCAAAGUUUAUAUCCAAGCUAUAUAAUGUAUAUGUGGUUUCUUUGCUGCUUUUAAAGUAGAAAAGUAUCAGAAGAAUAAAAAUUCAGUUUUAACAUGAUGAGACAUGGUCAUUUGUACUGUCUAAUUGAACUAUUUCAGCAAAAGAUUUCCAGAGCCUGAUUUACGCUAUUAGUAUACAUUUUAUUAAAUAAAUAUAUACAUGUUUGUAUGUUGAUUCCACCAUAUUUAUCAAAGUAUGUACAUUAAUUUUUGUAUUUUCAUAUGAAUAAUAAAUGGUAUAUCUAUAUCA